AUGUUGACUGGGACAAGAUUUCCUGUUGAUGAUGUGACUGGGAAUGGGGGUGAGCUUAAAGCUAUGGUGAGGGAGGUUAGCAGCACUCUUUCUGCUAUUAACACUGGGGACUUCAUUCCUUCCAUAGAUUGGAUGGACCUGCAAGGUCUCAAGAAACGGAUGGUUAAGGCCCACAACUUUUUUGACAGGAUUGUUGGAAGAAUUAUUGAUGACCAUAUUGAGCAGAAGAGGAGGGCUUUGGAGGAGAAGAGCGAGUGGACUAAGGAUAUUUUGGAUGUGCUUCUUGAUGUUGUAGAAUCACAGACUUUGGAGGUGGAAUUCACAAUAGAAAAUGUCAAAGGAGUUCUCUUUGACCUGUUUGUUUCUGGAAUGGAGACAACGGCAACUAGCAUGGAAUGGACAAUUACUACACUCAUCAGACACCCUUGGGUAGCGAAGAAGCUGCAGGAGGAGAUUAAUUCUAUAGUAGGGAAAGAGCGCAUGAUAACCGAAUCUAAUAUACCCAACAUGCACUACCUACAAUGUGUGAUUAAAGAGUCUUUGCGACUCUACCCGCCAGCAACAUUGUUGCCCCCAAAUGAAUCUAGCCAAAUUGUGACUGUAGGACCACAGGGCUACGCCAUAUCUGCAAAAACAAUGCUUUUUGUCAAUACAUGGGCCACUGGAAGAGACCCAACAGUGUGGGAAGAUGCUGAGGAAUUCAAACCCGAAAGAUUCAUGGGCAGUAAGACUUUUGAUUACCAAGGGCAAGAGUUUGAUAUGCUGCCUUUUGGGAUAGGGAGGAGGGGAUGCCGGGUGGGCAUAUGGCCAUUGGGCAGAUGUCCUUUGUUUUGGCUCAACUUUGGCAUUGCUUUGAUUGGAGACUUGAAGUGGCAGCCCAUGAGUCAUUUUUAA